UAAGAUGGCCAACUAUGUCAACAAACAGGUGAUUGAAUUAAACAAAGUUACUGAAGAAAACCGGAACAGAGCAACGAGGAGCGUGAAGACUAAGACCCAUCUCUCAGAUGGAAGACUCUACAGGCUGGCUGCUGUGUGUUUUGGAGUGCUGUGUGUUUUACAAGUCACUCUCAACAUCUCCCUGAGACUGGCUUUCUGUACUGGAAGAGAGGUGGAAGGGAGUGGCAUGGCAGUCCCAAGGAUUAGGACUGUGUUAAAGUGUCCUAAAGGAUGGAGGAUGUUGGGAUCCAGCUGUUACUUUCUGUCUACUGAGAGGAAAACCUGGAAGGAGAGCAAACUGGAUUGUCUGGCGAGAGGAGCAGACCUGGUGAUCAUAAACAGCAGACAAGAACAGACGUUGUUGUACCAGCUGGAUGGUGAUGCAGAUCUCCUGGUCUGGAUUGGUCUGACUGAUUCCGUUAAUGAGGGGACCUGGAAAUGGGUGGACGGCACACCACUGACCACAUCGUACUGGAAGAGUGGUCAGCCGGACCAUGGUGGUACCAACAACGAGGAGGAUUGUGUCGAGGUCUACCAUCGGGACAGCGUUUUGGCCAACUGGAACGAUGCACCAUGCAACCACAUGCUGCACUGGAUCUGUGAGAAAUGA